AUGGCUGGUACCUGUGAGGGGUGCAGGGAAGAGGCUCCCGACGAGCAGCUGCUCUUCUUGCCUUCCCCCUCGUCCCUGUUCUCUGCCUUCCCCUUCCUUGUUUCCUGCCCAAGGCCCGCCAUCUCUCGCCCUGGUUCCCUUUCCGUGGCUGCCCCCACCCCUGGGCCUGAAACUCUUCCUUCCUCCAUUUCUGCCUCCUGGCCCCUUCCAGUAUCAGCCAGGACCCCGUGUCUGCCAGAGGCCCCUGGGCCCCCUUCAGGCGGGAGCCUUCUCCGAGAACGGCCGGGCCCUUGUGCCUUCCCUCGCACCCGUGUCUGCCAGAGGAGGGAUCCGGUUUCACAGGCGCGGGUCCGACUCCAGCCCGAUCCCAGUCAGCUUGCCUGCAACGGGCCCCAGCUCCGAAGGAAGUUCUGGGGAGUUUCCACAGUCCUCCCUGAGGCUGUUCCAGGGCGCAGCCCAAAGGGGCAGAACCUCUCCCAGGAGGCCCGAGGCAGAACCUCAACUUCCAUAAAACACAGGGGGCGGCUGGGAAUACUUCCGAGCUCCAGCCAAACGCACCCAGGAUGUGUCAUCUUGGCUUCUGAGCCGGCAAACAUCAAGCAACUCAAGGAAGACCACACCUUGGAUUUCUACUUAAUAAAAGUUCUACUGUGGGGGCAGGGCAGCUGGGUGGCCCAGCGGAUGGAGCAGGAGGACCUGAGUUCAAAUCUAGCUCAGAAACUUAACCCUACCUAGCUGGGCAAGUCACUUAACCCUAAUUGCCUCAGGGGAAAAAAAGCUGCGAUGAAAUUCCCUAAAGUACAAAAUCCUCAUUAUUUUGUCACAAAUCACUCCAAACAUGUUAGAAACACUCUUUAUUAUUGUUAAUGGUUAUUUAUAGAAUACAAAAAAUUAGUAUUUCCACUUAAAAAAGUAACAAUUAUUAGUAAAGAAACACCCCUUGUGUUUGAGGAUGGGAAGGAGAGAAUAAAGAAAAAAGCAUCA